CCUUAGGAGCAGAAAAGAAAGAGCUUUCAAAUGCUGUGUCUACUCAAGGACUGUGUAGAAUAAUGGAAUAUCGUUCUGAUUUAGAAAAUAUAGAUGAAGAUGGAUAUACUCGAUUACACUUCAACUCUCAAAACAUCACCAGGAUACCUGUGAUCUCUAAUAAAGGAACCUGUGCUGCGUCUCCUCCUUGGCGUCUCGUUGCUGUGAUUUUGGGAGUUCUGUGCUUGAUAACACUAGUGAUAGCUGUGGUCCUAGGUACCAUGGGAGUCCUUAACAGUCCUUGUCCCCCUAAUUGGAUUAUACAUGAGAACAGCUGUUAUCUAUUUAGUACAUCACUAGAUUCCUGGAAUGGAAGUAAAAAAAGAUGCUCUCAACUGGACUCUAAUCUCCUGAAGAUAGACAACUCAAAAGAACUGGAAUUUAUACAAAGGAAAGUGUCUUCCCUACCUGAUAAUUCAUUUUGGAUGGGGCUUUCUCGCUCUCGAACUGAGGAACCAUGGCUCUGGGAGGAUGGAUCAACAUUCUCUUCUAACUUGUUUCAAAUCAGAAGCACAGCGACCCAGGAAAACUUGUCUCCCAAUUGCGUGUGGAUUCACGCAUCAAUCAUUUAUGACCAACUUUGUAGUGUGCCUUCAUACAGUAUUUGUGAGAAGAAGCUUUCAGUGUAAGGGGGAGAGUGAAAGAGGAGAGCAAAGUAUGUGAAAUAGUAAGGAGGACAGACAACAGAACAUUAAAUAAUGAUAUUUGAGGUAAAA